AAUUAAGUAGCGUGCGUGCAUGUUGGCGAGUGACAGUGACUCGAAUUGAAAGUUUAUUCGACACGCGGACAAUGUCGAUUUCGCGCCUAACUUUGUGCAACUUCUUCUUUAAAUUUCGUGGAAUGUACGCUGCAUGCAACGAUCGUGAUUUCGUAAGUCCUCGUGGCUUCGUCCCUCUGUUGUUUCCCCGUUUGCUUCCCGUCUCGUUUCUUCCUCAGCGUCGCUUCCUCUUGCGACGGCUACCUCUCGUUUUCUCUUCCUCUCUUUCGCCGCUGUCCUCUGUCGAAACUCCAAGACAAGGGAAGUGCGCUCGAAACAAACGAUAGAUAGGAUUUUUAAUAACUCGUAGAGACGCCUGAACAGCGAAAUAUUCCACCAGAUUCGUUGCAUCUACUUGAACGUUCUUCUCGAGCGUCACUAACGAGUGGCAAGCUCGCAAUACCCUACUACAGACUCGUUGAAAGCCUGCCCUGAAACGAUAAUUUUCCACGAAUGAAGUUCAUGUAAAAUAUUAAGUAACGAUAGCAUUACGUGUUUCUGACGCAUCUUCUUCUAAAUCGCUAUUACAAAGAAUAACGAGCAUGAAUCACGAUGCAUGUCCUGUAUGAAACACAGGCGUUACGCGUGAGGUGUAACGAGUUUCCAGGAAGGUUUCUAGUAAUUCGUAAGUCAUCAUAGGGGUGAUAUAAAGUCGAAGGAAGAGGCGGUCGUUCCGUCAAUGGGUAAAUUGGUGAGCUUGCCGACGCGCAUUGGGCAUCCUGGUAACGGGCGCGUUGCGACGCGACGCUACGCGUCGCAGCAACGUGUCUCACUCUAUUCCGUAGAACCUCCCUCUCCGCGUGCAUACGGAUAAGCCGAUCGUGGCGGCAGGAGCGUUGGAAGGGCCAGAGCGGCAGCUGUCGGUAGCGGUCGAUGGGAACGGGGCUCGAUCGAGGUCCGCUCGAGAGAGUUGGGCCUACUUCCUCGAGGGCUCGGCAACGACUAACUCUGUCUGCUAGCCGUAUGCGUGUCCGUCGGUCGUGUCAGUACUUUUCAGGUCGGUCCACAGUGCAGUCGUCGGCUUACCAUCGAGUUUCGACUAGCACGGCCGCUCGGCUGCACGACGAUUCGUCGAGUCGCCGUUGGGUUACGCUCGCGAGUGGUCGGCCGUGUGCUCCUCCUCGUGCAACGCGGCAACCGGAGUGUCUCUCGUGCAUCCUGCAUCGUUUCUAUCGUACCGCUGUAGUGUGCAAAGCGAAGCUCGUCCGUGUGCUCUCGCAUCUCUUAGGACACGAGACGCUGAGAGAGAGAGGAACGUAGAGGGAGAACACAAAACAGCAUUCGUUAAUACCCGCUUCCGGCACGUGGAACCGCACCGCACUCUGUUUUUCUUCACAGCGCAUCGCUGCCGUCGCUCCGAGCUUCUCUCGUGGGAGGUCAGCACCUAGCCGGUGGGGCCGGCGGUCACUGCGUAUUACCGCUGGAGAAAACAAAGGAUAAGAACCCCGGGCCCUUCUUACUUCCAUUUACAAGAUGUUCGAAAGCCGACGAUGAGGCCAAGGUUAUUAUACGAACGCAGGUGUCGAUGCAGAUGUCGCAUAACAGACGGUGCAACACGACCGCGUGUACGGUACAUGGAAAUUUUAAUGAAAGUCCAAGAAUCAGCAAUAUCUAUCGCUCAAAGUUCGUCACAAGUGUCUGUUCCCAAGUAGAAGUCAAAAUGUUGUGAUGGCUGGAACAUCUCGACGUCCGAGCUCUGAGCUCGGACCUGAUCUGUCGUCUCCGACACCACCGAAGAAGUCCAAGUUCUCCGAGGCUUCGAUCGAGGGAACGUCCGAGAAGGAGCAUGAUUUGAGCACGGAAAAAUUGGAGAGCGUGGAGAAGUUAACGAGUACGAGUUCCUUGCCGAAGAACACGAUCGAAUUGAUACCAGGCAGCGAGUCGGAGACGAAUCCUUUCCAGAUCAGCGAGGAAUCUUUGGACAGCACCAAGCAACUGAUCCAAACUAACUUGGAGGGGCCGGCAAACGUGAAGGCUGGCUCCUCGAAGGAAGGACAGUUUGGUAGCUUUGAAACGAUCAUACAAAUGAAGUACAGUGGUCAGGAAGAACUAUCUGGUAGCUCUAGCAAGAGGUCAGAGUCGGAUAGCGAUGUACAAAUUCAGACUUCCUUACUCGGCGAGGAUGCAUCGUAUCAGGAAUUGUCUUUGAUCGGCAAUGGAGCUUACGGUACCGUUUACAAGGCCAAAGACUUGAAUACAGGACAAGUCGUAGCGCUAAAAAAAGUUAGGGUGCCGCUGACAGCAGAUGGACUACCCACGUCUACGUUAAGAGAAAUAGCUACCUUGAAACAGCUCGAAAGAUUCGAGCAUCCUCACAUCGUGAGACUGUUGGACGUUUGUCAAGGGAAUUAUCUACACUUGCCUUCCGCCGAUGGGAUGCCGGAGAGGCUAGAUCGAGGGUUGACUUUAUGGUUGGUGUUCGAACACGUAGAAAGGGAUUUAGCGUCUUACAUGUCCUCCUGUUCAGAGUCAGGUAUCCCGUCUCAUCUGCUGAAACAAAUGUCGCAGGAGAUACUGAAAGGAGUCGAAUUUUUACACAGUCACAGGAUCAUUCACAGGGAUUUGAAACCACAAAAUCUAUUGGUAUCCCGAGAGGGGAGAAUAAAAAUCGCAGAUUUUGGAUUGGCGAAAACGUACGACUUUGAAAUGAGAUUGACUUCUGUGGUCGUAACGCAGUGGUAUCGCGCCCCGGAAGUCCUCCUGGGCUGUUCUUAUGCCACCGCUGUUGACAUUUGGUCCGUAGGAUGCAUAUUAGCAGAAUUGAGUAUACUUGAACCUCUUUUCCCAGGUACAAGCGAAGGCGAUCAACUCGAUAGGAUUUUCCGAACAAUUGGAACUCCGGCGUAUGAAGAAUGGCCAGAAAAUGUGUCCCUUAGUUGGACAGCUUUCCCUUAUAGGGUACCAAAACCUCUUGAGUCAAUAAUACCUGAUCUCAAUGAACACGGAUUAGAUUUAAUUAAAAGUAUGCUUAUGUUUGAUCCUCAUAGACGAUUAACUGCAGCUCAGGCUCUCAGACAUCGGUAUUUCGCUGAAGAUGACUCGUGAUGAUUAUUAUUUCUGAGUAUUUUUUUGUUUUUGGUAUCUUUAGUAAUUUUUGAAACGUAGACUGACGUUGGUAUAUCCAAAAGUAUGUAAGCGUAUUAUUUUUUUUAAGGACAUCGUAGCAUUUUGUUUUUAAGCGGAUAGUAUAGUUUAUUACGAAUAUAGUACAAUAGGGAUUUUCGUAACUAUAUACGACUUAUAAAUAUUCCUUUCUCAUUUAGAAAUUACAAUUGCAAAAUACGUUUACUACACUCUAUAAAGCGUAUCAUCAUCAUAUUUAAAUCAUACGACCAUUAGCUAAUUUCGAGAAAUCGUCAUAGUUUAAUUAUAAUUAUGUAUCUAACGAUAAUAUUGUUGACCUUAUUUAUUUAGGUAAUAUCUAAGAAGUAUUUUUAAUAUUACUAUUAGUUUCAUAAUAUCUAUGAAUUCAAUUAUAUCGACGUUCCAUUUUUUGUAAGUAAAGUAGAAGAUACUUUCUUGCAAAAAUAAAUGGGAUUUACAUAUAUCACGCGCACCAAAAAUGAUUUUGUGUAAUAAUUGACUAGGUGUGCCUUCCAAAGUCGUUGGAACGUUCACAACCUAUGCCUUAAUUUUCUAUGUAAUUAAACUUAACUGUAAUUACGUACUAUUAAGUAGCGUUAUUCUUGUAAGACUGGGGCCUACUGACCCGUUAGAUUUGUCGGAAAGACAUAGGAUCUCCCGUAAAAAAACCAGAAAGUACACUGCCAUAUGUAUGUAAAGAUAAUAACGAAUAGGAGUUAAUAAUGUAUUUUAUCUCUAGUAUGUGUAUAAAUCUUAAUAUUAGGCGAAUAAUAUAUAUAUAUAUAUAUACAUGAUUAUGCAGUUUGUAAAAAUAUGUGAAAGACGCAUGAAAAGACUGUACAGUAAAAUAAAGAUUUUAUAGUUUUAUAUAUCGAAA